AUGAGUAACAAUUAACCAGCUUAAAAAGAGAUAACAAUAGAUUAGAUGAUUCCUGGAUAGUUGAAUAAACCAAGUCAAUCAAUUUAAAGUUAGACAGUGGAAGUAGAUAAAAUGAAAGAAUUAUUAUAGCCAAGGAGAGGAGAUAGGAAACGCUAAGCGAAAAUAGAAGUAGUUGAGGAACAAAUUGAUGAGAAUGUAAUAAAAUAAGAAAAGGAAAAAAGUCCUUUUGACUUUUAGAUGAUUUUGAAUGCAUUUGGAAAUCAUUUUAUGUUUGCAUAACUUGAUAAUGAUGAUAAGUAAUGAUAAUGGUAAUAUAGAACAAAAUUAAUAGAGGAAAUGUAUUAUGUAACAUCAAAAGAUUAAGAGAUGAUAUUUAAGUAGGGAGAUAAAGCGACAUUAUUUUUCAUAAUUGGUAGAUUUGAUAAAUUAUUCAUAAAGAAAGAGGCUAAUGUUAGAUAAUAAUAAAUGAUGAGAAAAAGAGAAUAUUGAAACGAUGUGAAUUUUUUGGUGAAUUAGCAUUGAUGUAUCAUGCACCUAGAUCAGCAUCUGUGAGUAGUUUAGGAGAUUGUGGAUUUUGGGUAUUGGAAAGGAACAAAUUUAGAAAGGCUGUAGAAGAUAUUUAAUAGAAGGCUUAUGAAACAAAUAGGGAAUUUUUGGGAUAAGUUAAAUUCUUUGGUAAAAUUGUUGAUUUAUAAAAGAUUUUAUGACUGAAGAAUAAAGAGAUAGUAUAGCUAAUGUUUUAAUAACAUUAAAGUUUAAAUAAGGAGAAAUAAUAGUAAAUGAAGGUGAUAUGGCAAAUUCAUUUUAUAUAAUUUAAAAGGGUAUAGUUGAAGUAACAAAGUAAGGACAAUUCUUAAGAUAUAUGAAUUAAGGAGAUUCAUUUGGUGAAUAAGCAUUAUUUGGAAAUUGUGUAAGAGGAGCAACUGUUAAAGCCUAUGAUUCAGAUGUUAAUCUUUUAUCUUUAAGUAGAGAGGAUAUAACAACUAUUUUAGGAGACAAAAUUCAGGUACAACAUUAUUAUUAUAUAGUCACAUAGUUAAUCAUUUAUACAAAUAUGCAGAAAUGGGCAUUUGAAAAACAUUAAUCAUUAAGAGAUUUAACUAAAAUGUAAAUUUAAAAAAUUGUUUCAAAUUUUAAGAUUAAAACUUAUGAGAGUAAUAAUUACAUUUUCAAAACUAAUUAAAUCGUUGAUAAACUAAUUAUUAUUCUUGAUGGUUAAUUAGAAUUUGAAAAUUAAUUAUAUAAUAAUGGUUAACUAUUAGGCGAUAAAUAUUUAUAAAUGGAUGAAUAAAAAAGAAAAAUUAAUCAUGAUAUUAAGACUACUCGUAAAACUACAUUAUCGGAACUUCCUUUUAAAUAAUUCUUUGAAUGCAUAGGAGGAGAAUUGGAUACUGUGGUAAAGAAGAAUAAAGAUAGAGUUGGUCCAUCAACUUUGUUUGAGAAAAAACAAAGAAGCAAUUAUUCAUUAUUAAAUUUAGAGGAUUUUAUAGGAUUAAAAUUAUUAGGAGAAGGAACAUUUGGUAAUGCAUAUUUAGUUAAAGAUAAUAUAUAAUAAAAUAUGCAUGUCAUGAAAUGUGUUCCUAAAAUAAAUGUUAUCAAUAAUAACACAGUAAGACAUAUAAAAAAUGAAAAAUAAGUUUUAGAAUUAAUUAAUCAUCCGAAUUUAGUUUGUUUUCAUAGAUCUUUUAAAGAUCAGAAUUAUAUUUAUUUUUUAACUGAAUAUAUAAAGGGUAAAGAAUUGUUUCAUGUAAUAAGAGAAAUAGGAUUACUGAAUUCUUAUGAAACAUAAUUUUAUAUUGCUUAAAUGAUAAAUAUAUUAGAAAAGAUGCAUUCCUAACAUAUUAUUUAUAGGGAUGUUAAACCUGAAAAUUUUAUAGUUAUGGAGAAUGGCUAUAUUAAAUUAAUUGAUAUGGGAACUGCUAAAGUCUUAAAAUCAAGAGCUUCUAAAACUUCUACAAUUGUAGGAACUCCACAUUAUAUGUCUCCUGAAAUAUUAAAAGGUAAAAGUUACAGUUUCUCUACAGAUUUAUGGUCUUUAGGAAUCUGUUUCUAUGAACUUAUGUGUGGAGAAGUUCCUUUUGCUGGAGAUGAAGAGGAUGAUCCGUAUUUAUUAUCUUUAUUUAGAUAUAUUAUAGAGGAAGCUAUCUUAAAUGGUAAACUGGAAUAUCCAUAAAUCCUUAAAGAUUUCAAGGCUAUUAAAUUAAUGGAUUAAUUUAUGAAUAGAACUCCAGAAUUAAGAUUAGGAGGCUCCUAUGAUUCCUUAAAAGUUCAUCCUUGGUUUGAUGGCUUUUAAUGGGUAUUUCCUUUUUCUCUUAUUUUUAGGAAGAACUAGAAGCUAUGCAAAUCAAACCACCAUACAUACCAAAAUUAUAAUAAAUCAAUUAUGAAAACAUGCCUUUUUUAGACAUGAUCAGAAGAGAUACUGCUCCUGAAAUGGUUUGUACUCAAUAUGUAGAUUGGGAUCAAGAUUUUUGA